UUCGACACGACGAUAUAAUAUCAUGAGAAUCGUCUAUUGAUUGUGGAGACCGUCGGCAACGUGGUUUGAAAGUUCCUGUCAUCUCAUUGUCGUUGUCGCGGGCUCAGGGGGCAAGCGCCUCGGCGUCUCUUCGGGGCGGAAUUGUCACUAUAUGAUAUAUUCUCGCCCGUGGUUCUGAUGUCUUCGGGCUGGUGGCGGACAGAGGCCUUAGCGUCCAACUUCGACGCUUCAAUCAACCGCUUUGCGUCACCAAAGGGUGAGCAUCGCCAGUUAAGGUAUGUAUGGUGCGUUCCCUUAGUCAGCAUCGGCCAGCAGCAGCAGCAGCAGCAGUACCAGCAAUCGACAAUCGACUUCGACUUCAAUCAAUCAAUUCACCCUUUAGUGGGUGGAUGGGCAGAAUAUAGUAAGUAUCCCCGUUCCCUUGAUUCAAUUCCCGGCAGGCAGGCAGCAGGCGGCAAAAAGCGAAAACUUCGGCUUCCCUUCCUUCCAAUGUUGCUUAACAGCCUCCCGUCCAAGGCGGGGAUGCGAAGGUUGCGUUUUGCCCUUUGGCUGGCCAGAACGUCGUCAGCAGAAGCCACCACCAAUUCAAUCGAGCUUCGAAGCGACUCUCUUUCCGCACCACAACGCAACCAUGCUCUGGACAGCCAUCCUCCUUGCCUUCGUAAAGAUUGCGAGCGUGUCGUCGAAGCGCGUUACUGCUGCCGUCAAGCUCACUGUCGCCACGAUCAAGGUUUUCACCACACUCUUGAAGCUCUACACGCCGCCAACACCAGUCCGAAAGCUCGUUAUAGCGCUGCUCAAGAUGAUAGCGCAGAUCUUGAAGCUUGCGCUGGCCCUGGUGAAGGCCUGGGAAGCCUUUCUCGAGGUCUUUAGGCCCGUAGUCUGAAGGUAAGACCAGAUAGCUCCCUCCUCGAACACCUUUCGUGUCUUCACCAUCGUAACCACGGCAUCCUCCGCCAGCGACAACAUCUAGAGACCGUGGCACGGAACAGGGACGGCUGGCGAGGAAUCCUGCUCCUAUUACCCGUAACCACAACCAACUACAGUCUCCCUGCUGUAUCAAUAGCCCU